CCCCGCCCCCCCCCCGCACACAAGCCUGCCUCUGAGAGGGAAAUAGCCAGGUGGAAUCUCACUCUGUUUCCAUGGACAACCCGUCCAUUAUCACCCAGGUGACUAACCCCAAAGAGGAGGAGAUCCUGUCCUGCACUCAGGAUAAAGUGUCCCAAUGUAAUAUCAGCUUGAAGAAGCAGAGGAGUCGAAGUAUCUUUAGCACCUUAUUCUGCUGCUUUCGUGACUACAAUGUCGAGCCACCAUCUACCAACAGCACCAGUGCUCUGCCUCCUUUGGUGGAGGAGAAUGGAGGACUUCAGAAGGGUGACCAGAUGCAGGUCAUGCCUAUACCAAGUCCACCAGCUAAAUACCUCCUGCCAGAACUGACAGCAUCAGACUAUGGGAAGAAGUGUGUGGUCAUUGAUUUAGAUGAAACUUUAGUGCACAGUUCAUUUAAGCCAAUUAGCAAUGCUGAUUUCAUCGUUCCUGUUGAAAUUGAUGGAACCAUACAUCAGGUUUAUGUAUUGAAACGACCACAUGUGGACGAGUUUCUUCAGAGGAUGGGAGAGCUCUUUGAAUGUGUACUCUUCACAGCCAGUCUAGCCAAGUAUGCAGACCCAGUAGCUGACUUACUGGAUCGCUGGGGUGUGUUCAGGGCAAGGCUCUUUAGAGAAUCCUGUGUUUUCCACCGAGGGAAUUACGUGAAGGAUCUGAGUCGACUGGGCCGUGAGCUGAGUAAAGUUAUUAUAGUAGAUAAUUCUCCUGCAUCUUACAUCUUCCAUCCUGAAAAUGCAGUGCCUGUGCAGUCCUGGUUUGAUGACAUGACAGACACAGAGCUGCUAGAUCUUAUUCCUUUCUUUGAAGGACUAAGCAAAGAGGAAGAAGUUUACAGUAUGCUUCAUAAACUCUGCAACAGGUAGCCCUUAACUCUGACUGACUCCUGCUCCUAGAUUGCAGUUGCUAGAGGCUGUCUCCAUCUCUUUCAGCUCUUUCAAGUGUAAGCUUUGGGGAGGUCACCCCUGUCAGAAGUGCUACUCUUGAUCUUCCUGUUACAUUGGACACGAAGGACAAUCAUGAGUGAUGCUAUUAAGCCUUCAGAAGCCUGACUCCUAAGGUCAUGUGUUCAGACUACUUUUUUAAAGGAAAAAAAAAAAAAAAAAAAAAAAGAAGCUAUUUUAAAUGGGACUCUUUUAAUUAAUUUCAUAAAUGGACAUCUUUUACUGGAUCAGCUUUUCUUAAAACAUGCCAAAAAAAAGAAGCUUGUAUUUCAGCAGUUGAAUUUCUCUCCCUUUCUUCCCCUCCCACUAUGCAGACAAUUUUACCCCCCUGCUUAGAGCAGUUGACCUGACUCUGAAUUUUUUCUUACAGAAUGAAGUGCCUUUUUGAAUGUUAUUUUAAGAUAAAAAUUCAUUUUUGUAUAAGACGUAUUUCCAGACAUCUUUUAGUCUUGUAUUGUCUAAAUGCUUUAAAAGGAAAAAGGAAAAAAAAAAAAAUUUAUAGAGCACUGUAAUAUAUAACAAAGGAAAAAGUUGAAACCAAGAUGCUGGGUUCCUGUCUCCACGAUGACAUUGAAUUGUGUUACACUUUGUCAUGCUCAGAAGGUUCAGGCGUUCGUGGGAGAGGUGAAUUGGGGUCACUAACGUGUUUCACUGAUGAGGAUUUUGGGCACAGUUUUAAAACAUAUCUGCAGUUGUUUGAGUAUUUAGGGGAGUGAUGGAGUUGAGGAAACGAGGUGGCUGAUAGACCUAAAGCACCUUUAAUUCCAGACAGAUGAAGUUCUGCUGUCUCUGCUUACGCACAACUGCCAUGCCUCUUCUUUUUUGGAAAACCUUUAUCUUGGGAGAACGGCGAGGAGAUCUAUUUAUUAGUUUAAGAUUCUUUUCUCAAAACAACCCAACUGGGUAAGCUGGAUCUAUAUUGAGCUGUUUGGAGUACUUUUUUCUUUAAAUUGCUGCUACUGUAUACUCACCAAAUGGAGUUGACCAUCGGCUGUUAUACUGUUUUUGCCACUGUGCCUGUGCUAUGAGACAUUUUCUGUAAGCUGCAAACUUGGGCAAUAAAUAAAAUGCAGGCUUCAUAACCCACCCCCCUGGAUUAAUCCACUGGUAUCUGAUAUACCAGAGAACCCAGUUAAAGGUGACCUGUAAAGGAAUUUUACUUUUUUUUUUUUUAAAUUAAGAUGAAGCCCUCUCCUUUCUUUCAUACAUGAAAAUGCAGGAAGUAUUUUGCCCACACCUUUGAUUUGUGUUUCUUUUUCCCCAAGGUGUAAGGUGCAGAUUAGGAGCUGUAUCAAGUCUUGCUGGAAGGGCAGAAGUUACUAGCCUAGACUAAAAUUGGUCCUCUGGCUUUGGAGUUGAGUUAGACUCAUCUCUGAAUCUGAGACCCUGCUUAACACCUUCUGCAGUGCCAUAGGUACCUUUUCAGAUGAAUGAUUUUUAAAUAUUUUAUGCCUUUAGAGAACAAGGCACACAUUUUUUCCCCCCCUGCUUUCCAGUGUCACCUUUCAGUUAUUUCAGUCCACAGCAGAAAUCUGCAAACAUAAAAAGUGCAGCUGCAUUUGGCUGUCAUCAGAGAAGACUAAAUGGACUAUUUGGUGCUUCUAAUUAGCCUCGUGCUAAAUUCUGAAUUGUAGACCCCCUUUGCCUUUUCUCUUUUCCUCGAAAAGUCCCGAUGACUUGGGGGAAAAAACCAAAAUUUCUUUGCGAUGGACUUGGGGCUUGUGAUCCUUGUCUCAAGAGCGUUGGUGCAGCAGCUUAACAAAUCCAUCCCAGAGGGGCAGGCCAGUCUGCACAGGCAGUGAGUGGGUGGUGGUGGGUGCAGGAUCAACCUGAGCCCCCCCUGCAGUGCAGCUGUGCUCCAGCUGUGCUCCAGCUGUGCUCCAGCUGUGCUCCAGCUGUGGCUGGGCCCAGGGGGUGCUGAAGGCAGUCCCGUCACACCCGUGAGUCUGUAGGGCAGCACCCUUUUGUUUCUUAACCAGCUGGCAUCACCUUAGUACUGUACAAAUCUGUGCCACAGCAAAAAGAUAAACUCGAGUUUAAAAAUUUAAAAAAAAAAAUAAACAACAUAAACAAAGCCUACUUUGUUUAAAAAUAUAACAAAAAAAAACAAACAAAAAAAAGGACGUAUGGAUUCUGGUUAGUCCAUUAACGUUUACUUUCAGUUUAAGAUGGUUUAAUUUUGUAUUUGACUCCAGAGUAACGAAACUAAGCUGCCAAAAAAAAUAAAAAAUAAAAAAAGUUGUUCUCUGAGCAGUAUUUUCAACUGUGCCUGUGGCCCCUGGGCCCCAGUGCAGUUUGCAGGGAAGUAUUCAGGUUGUAGUUAGUCUUGCAGGUAUGAGAGGAAUGGCUGAAGAAAUUCAAAGACUUUUUCUCGUUAGCAUUAGACCAAACAAUCAGACAAUGAGUAAAUAACCCACGAGACAGGGCCAUGUGACAGUUGUGACCUGUUGGACGUGAGACAAACCAUGUCACCCGUUGGCAUCUCUGGAAGCAGCGAUUUCAUGAACCAGUUGCCUUAAGUCUGUGAAUGAAUGUUGAUUAUAUUAUUAAAGUGUCUUGUAUUGUUUUCAAAUCCACAUAGAAUGGGCAACUGAACUUCUGCACCAGCCUCUGGAGGAACGGUUCUGAUGUUUGCUUUCUGAUUGUUCUGUACAACCACACUUGUACUGUAUUAUUUUGGCUCUUAAAACCCCCAAAUUUUAAAAAGCCCAACUUACUGUAACUUAGUACAGCAUUAAAAUGACAAUACAAAGACAAAAAAAACUUAGCACAGCUUUGAUCUCUGUUAGCAUUAAGAGUAUUUUCUAUAAGUUCUGAUCAGUUCUAUUUUUUUAACCCACCCAACUUGUAUGGAAAUAAAACUCAGAGUGCUCUGCAAUCAGGUUUGGACUCCCCUGGGUAUUCAGAUUUGGCCAAAGGGAUCAAACUGUCACAGUUGUUUUAUUUUGACACUAUCAUCAUACUUGAAAUUUCAAGUGUUGAGUUUGUGUGGAUAUAUAUACGCUAUAUAUUUAGAGUUUCUAGAUUCUAAAAAAGCAAUAGAGUUCUGUCCAUAAAGUCAGAGAACGAGUGGAAUGUUUGUAAAAUUUGCAAUACGGGUAUUUGAUUGUAUUUUAAAUACGAGAUUUAAAAAAAAAAAAAAAAAUUCAAAUAGGAAAAAAAAAACAAACCUACAACUUGUUUCCUAAAUCUCUUGAGUAUUUUGAAGUGCAGUUACUGCAUGCAGGUCACCAGGGCUGUUAUAAACCCUGGGUUUCAAUUCUGUUUCUGGAUAUUAUAGAAAUAUUAAAAAGUCUUUUCCCAGUUGGUCAUUUUAAAGAGAUGCUGCCUGGCCUGAAGUUCUGUUGUCCUUUUUAUGUUGGGUUAAAAAACGUUUUUUUGCCUGUAUGGGUAUUUUUAAAUUAAGCUGAAAGGCAGAAUGCCUUAGACCCUUGAACUCCAACGGAAGCGUUAACAGUGAAAUUGCCAUUUGUAACCUUAGGGCUGUGCUCAGAAUCCUUGCUCACACCAGGAAGCGUGGCAGGCUGGGCAUGGGGAGAUGGUGGCAAAUGUACAAUAUUGCUGUGUUCAUUUAGGUAGCUUUGGAAGAAUAAUUUUGUCUCUUUGUUUCGCCCUUUUGAUCUUUAUUAAAACAGCAAAAAGUUACGCGUGGAAGAAACUCAACACCUGGAGACGUUUUGGUUGUCAGUGUACGCAAUCACUUUUCUUACAGCAUGAUUUUGAUUAGACUGGUUGGGGACAAUAAAGUAUCUAAAUGACACUGGUGUGUGCUGAUGUUGCAGCUUUUGAAAUUUCAGUGUAAAAAAAAAAAAAAAAAAAACCAAGAAAAAGAAUCUGUAGCUCUGUGACUUCCGAAGGCAUUAACCCUCUGUUGGACAGAUUGUUUUUAACCUAAUAAACCACAGUUCCGCACAGCCCUAUUUGUAAAACAAAAACAAGUUUGUGCCUCUGAUUCCAAGGUGCUGUGAUGUUUUUUGCCUUUGUGGGGCGAGGAGGGGCGGGUGAGACUGGCGUGGGACAAUUGCUUCAAAAUCUCUGGGCUAACUAUGCAAAACCAGCUGUCAGUUUUCUGUUUCACAUGAUGUUGUAAAAUCCCAGCUGACUCUUUCUUAUUUCUUGUUAAAGAUCUGUUGGGAGCUCCUCAACAGAGGAGUAAGCAAUGGAAAUGUUUCUUUCUUUCUUUCUUUCUUUUUUUUUCCUUUUUUUUUUUUUUUUGUUCCUUAUGAUGGAGCUGUUUACACUUUGAUGCAAUGAACAAUCCAGCAAUACUUGAGAAACACUACAGAUACCAUAUGAGUGUUUGCAGGAGAGAGGAGUGUUGUCAAUCAGGUAUUGAAUGGUUUCUUUACUGUCACAAAUAAAAAAUUUUAACAAUA